AUGGCCGCCUUCGGGCUUCUCAGUUAUGAGCAGAGACCUCUGAAACGACCCCGGCUCGGGCCGCCUGACGUCUACCCCCAGGACCCAAAGCAGAAGGAGGAUGAACUCACUGCAGUCAAUGUAAAACAAGGCUUCAAUAACCAACCGGCCUUCUCUGGUGAUGAGCAUGGCUCCGCCAAGAAUAUCGUCAUUAACCCAUCCAAGAUUGGAGCUUAUUUUAGCAGCAUAUUAGCAGAGAAACUGAAGCUAAAUACUUUCCAGGACACAGGAAAGAAGAAACCACAAGUUAAUGCUAAAGACAAUUAUUGGCUGGUGACUGCCCGAUCCCAGAGCGCAAUUCACAAUUGGUUUUCAGAUUUAGCAGGAAAUAAACCACUCACUAACUUAGCAAAAAAGGUUCCUAUCCUUAGCAAAAAGGAGGAUGUUUUUGCAUAUUUAGCAAAAUAUUCAGUGCCAUUGCUUCGGGCAGCAUGGUUGAUCAAGAUGACAUGUGCCUAUUAUUCUGCUAUUUCUGAGGCUAAGAUUAAGAAGCGCCAGGCAACUGAUCCGAAUAUGGAAUGGACCCAAAUCUCUACCAGAUACCUUCGAGAACAAUUGUCCAAGAUUGCAGAUUUUUAUCACCUAGCCUCCGCCCCAGGCAAUGGCUCCAUGGUUAUGCCUCAAGACGUGGAACAAGCAUUGAAGCAGUGGGAAUACAAUGAAAAACUGGCAUUCUAUAUGUUCCAGGAAGGAAUGCUUGAACGGCAUGAAUAUUUGACCUGGAUCCUGGAUGUCCUGGAAAAAAUCAGACCAGUGGAUGAUGACCUCCUCAAACUACUACUACCACUAAUGCUGCAGUAUUCAGAAGAGUUUGUCCAGUCAGCUUACCUGUCCCGUCGUCUUGCUUACUUCUGUGCCCGGCGGCUGUCUCUCCUGCUGAACGACAGUCCUAACCUCCUAGCUGCGCAUUCACCUCACAUGAUGAUUGGCCCAAACAAUCCAGGUCUGUCAGCAUCAAGCCCUGCUGCACCUGGGCCGGUAAUGAGCCCAGUCCAGCUGGCCGGCUCAGACUUCCUUUCCUGCCCACAGCAUCGUCCGCUGGUUUAUGGACUUAGUUGCAUGCUGCAGACUGUAACUCUUUGUUGCCCAAGUGCCUUGGUGUGGAAUUACUCCACAAAUGAGAAUAAAAGCGUUAACCCGGGCUCUCCUCUGGAUUUACUUCAAGUUGCACCCUCCAGUUUACCUAUGCCAGGUGGAAAUUCAGCAUUUAAUCAACAGGUUCGGGCAAAGAUCUAUGAGGUUGAACAGCAGAUAAAACGUCGGGGCCGUGCCGUGGAGGUUCGGUGGUCUUUUGACAAAUGCCAGGAAUCAACAGCAGGAGUCACCAUCAGCAGGGUCUUGCACACCCUGGAAGUCUUAGAUCGCCAUUGUUUUGACAGAUCUGAUUCUAGCAAUUCAAUGGAGACCCUUUAUCACAAAAUUUUCUGGGCCACCCAGAACAAGGACAACCAAGAGGUGGCUCCAAACGAUGAAGCCGUGGUGACCUUGCUGUGUGAGUGGGCCGUGAGCUGUAAAAGGUCUGGCAAACACCGAGCUAUGGCCGUAGCCAAACUUUUGGAGAAGAGGCAGGCCGAAAUUGAGGCAGAACGUUGUGGUGAAUCAGAAGUCUUAGAUGAGAAAGAAUCUCUUUCUUCAGCCUCCCUUGCUGGGUCCAGCCUGCCCAUAUUUCAGAAUGUCCUGCUUAGAUUUUUAGACACACAAGCUCCCUCACUGUCUGACCCAAAUAGUGAAUAUGAAAAGAUAGAAUUCGUGAAUCUGGUGCUGCUAUUUUGUGAGUUUAUCCGGCACGAUGUGUUCUCCCAUGAUGCGUACAUGUGCACAUUGAUAUCUCGAGGGGACUUGUCCCUAAGUGCCACAACUCGACCACGGUCGCCACCUGGGGAAAAUCUGGAUGAACAUUAUUCAAAAGACAAUGAUGUGAAAUUAGAGAUUUUUUCUCCUAUGCCUGGAGAGUCCUGUGAGAAUGCCAACUCUUCCUUAGACAGAAGAAUUUCAGUUAAUAGUGAGAAGAUGGUGAAGAGAGAAAAACAAAGGGAAUUAAUAUUUCCAUCCAAUUAUGACCUCCUUCGGCACCUGCAAUAUGCCACACAUUUUCCUAUACCUCUGGAUGAAUCUUCAAGUCAUGAAUGUAACCAGCGAACAAUUCUACUAUAUGGGGUUGGGAAGGAGCGAGAGGAGGUGAGACAUCAGCUGAAGAAGAUUACCAGAGACAUCCUGAAAAUCCUAAACAAGAAGAGCACGCCUGAAUGUGGGGUUGAGGAUGAAGGACAAAAAGCCAGGAAAAGCAAACAAGAGACCUUUCCAACGCUGGAGACCGUAUUCACAAAACUACAACUCCUCUCCUAUUUUGACCAACAUCAAGUCACAUCUCAGAUCUCUAGCAAUGUACUGGAACAGAUAACAAGCUUUGCUUCAGGAACAUCCUACCAUCUUCCCUUAGCACACCACAUUCAGCUUAUCUUUGAUCUUAUGGAACCAGCCUUGAACAUCAACGGACUUAUUGACUUUGCAAUUCAGCUGCUCAAUGAGUUGAGUGUGGUCGAGGCAGAAUUGCUUCUGAAGUCCUCCAGCUUGGCAGGAAGUUACACGACAGGCUUGUGUGUGUGCAUUGUGGCUGUGCUGAGGCGCUACCACGCCUGUCUCAUCCUGAAUCCGGACCAGACUGCCCAAGUGUUUGAAGGAUUGUGUGGUGUUGUAAAGCAUGUGGUCAACCCGUCAGAAUGUUCCUCCCCCGAAAGAUGCAUCUUAGCCUACCUCUAUGAUCUCUAUGUGUCAUGUAGCCAUCUAAGAAGUAAAUUUGGAGACCUCUUCAGUAGUGCCUGUUCAAAAGUAAAGCAGACCAUCUACAGCAAUGUGCAACCUUCCAACUCCAACUUAUUGUGGGACCCCGAGUUCAUGUUGGAUUUUAUUGAGAAUCCCUCUGCUCAUAAUGUCAACUAUUCCAUGCUGGGCAAGAUACUCAGCGACAAUGCGGCUAACCGCUAUAGCUUUGUGUGCAAUGCACUCAUGAAUGUAUGUAUGGGGCAUCAGGACGCAGAGAGAAUCAAUGACAUUGCCAACUUAUGUGCUGAGCUGACGGCUUGCUGUACUGUGCUCAGCUCAGAAUGGUUAGGCGUCCUCAAGGCCCUUUGCUGCUCUUCCAAUCACGUGUGGGGUUUCAACGAUCUACUUUGCAGUGUAGAUGUCAGUGACCUCUCCUUCCAUGAUUCACUGGCCACCUUCAUUGCGAUUCUGAUAGCCCGGCAAUGUUUUUCCCUGGAGGAUGUUGUCCAGCAUGUAGCACUUCCUUCGCUGCUAGCGGCAGCUUGUGGAGAUCCAGAUGCUGAGCCUGGAGCACGAAUGACGUGCCGACUACUCCUUCAUCUCUUCCGAACCCCGCAGGUCUGUUUGUUACCUCAAGCGACAGGGAAGCCUUUCCCUGGAAUACGUUCUUCUUGUGAUCGUCACCUUUUAGCUGCUGCUCAUAACAGCAUAGAAGUGGGAGCGGUCUUUGCUGUCUUAAAAGCGAUUCUCAUGCUUGGAGAUGCCGAAAUUGGUAGCAACAGUAAUGCCAACACCUUAAAAAGUGAGGACUUCACAAUGAGGGGCUUACUAGACGACAUGAAUGAUGACGAUAUUUGGAAUGCCUCACAGUCCAUGAAGCCAUGUGGAAAAGCGGUUUCCAUAGAAACCGCCAGCUUGAGCGAAUACGCUCGCUAUGUCCUACGAACAAUCUGCCAGCAGGAAUGGGUUGGAGAACAUUGUCUGAAAGAGCCUGAGAGAUUGUGUACGGACAAGGACCUUAUAUUGGACCCUGUUCUUUCACACAAGCAAGCGCAGAAAUUGCUGCAGCUGAUCUGUUAUCCUCAUGGCAUUAAAGAAUGUACAGAAGGUGAUGAUGUUCAAAGACAGCAUAUUAAGCGCAUCCUUCAGAAUCUAGACCAAUGGACUCUCAGACAGUCCUGGCUGGAACUCCAAUUAAUGAUCAAACAAUGCAUGAAGGAGCCUGGUUCUGGGUCUGUGGCUGAAAUGAACUGCUUGUUGGAUAAUAUUGCAAAGACGACAAUAGAGGUGUUUCAGCAAUCCGCUGAUUUAAACAAUAACUCUUCUAACUCUGGUAUAGGCCUCUUCAACCCAAAUGCUAUUGGAAAUGGCGACACAAGUAACACAAGGCAGAAUGGUAAAAAGACAUUCCUAAGUUCUUCUGAACGCAGGGGUGUGUGGCUGGUGGCACCCCUCAUUGCAAAGCUGCCCACUUCCGUUCAGGGCAGGGUGCUAAAAGCUGCUGGGGAAGAACUGGAGAAAGGACAGCACUUGGGAUCAUCCUCAAAGAAGGAAAGAGAUCGACAAAAGCAAAAAAGUAUGUCUCUCUUAAGUCAGCAGCCUUUCCUGUCAUUGGUACUUACCUGCCUUAAGGGACAGGAUGAACAACGGGAAGGACUGCUAACAUCCCUGCAAAACCAAGUUAAUCAGAUUUUAAGUAACUGGAGAGAAGAACGUUACCAGGACGAUGUUAAAGCAAGGCAAAUGAUGCACGAGGCGUUACAACUACGUCUUAAUUUGGUAGGAGGAAUGUUUGACACUGUGCAAAGAAGUACCCAGUGGACCACUGACUGGGCACUUCUGCUCCUUCAGAUAAUUACUUCAGGAACUGUUGACAUGCAGACUAACAAUGAAUUAUUCACCACAGUUCUUGACAUGCUGGGUGUCCUGAUCAAUGGAACAUUAGCCUCUGACCUGUCAAGCUCCUCCCAGGGUGGAGCCGAAGAAAACAAGAGAGCCUACAUGAAUCUAGUGAAGAAAUUGAAAAAAGAGCUGGGUGACAAACGAUCAGAGAGUAUCGACAAAGUUCGCCAGCUGCUGCCUUUGCCCAAGCAGACCUGUGAUGUCAUCACUUGUGAGCCUAUGGGGUCCUUGAUAGACACAAAGGGCAAUAAAAUCGCAGGAUUCGACUCCAUAGAUAAGAAACAGGGUCUCCAGGUGUCCACAAAACAGAAGGUAUCCCCGUGGGACUUAUUUGAGGGUCACAAAAAUCCAGCUCCACUCUCUUGGGCCUGGUUUGGGACCGUUCGAGUGGACAGAAAGGUGAUCAAGUACGAGGAACAGCAUCAUCUUCUCCUCUACCACACCCACCCUACCCCCAAACCCCGAAGCUACUACCUCGAGCCUCUCCCUCUGCCUCCCGAGGAGGAAGAGGAAGAGCCAACCACCCCCGUCUCUCAGGAACCAGAAAGAAAAUCCACUGAGCUGUCAGAUCAGGGAAAAACUGCAGCCGAUGAGGAGAAGAAAACAAAAGGAAGGAAGCGAAAGACGAAGUCGACUUCAAGAGUUGAUGACUAUCCACAGAACAACAUUUACCGAGUGCCUCCCAAUUAUUCACCAAUUUCCUCCCAAAUGAUGCACCACCCUCAGUCAGCAUUGUGGGGUUAUAACAUUAUGGGACAACCGCAACAGCCUGGCUUCUUCCUGCAGAAUCAGUCACUUGCACCAGGUGGCUCCCGACUGGAUCCCACGGGUUCCUUUGUCCCCACCAACACAAAGCAAGCCCUUUCCAACAUGCUGCAGAGACGUUCGGGUACCAUGAUGCAACCUCCCUCCAUCCAUGCGAUCACGUCCCAGCAACAGCUGAUCCAGAUGAAACUCAUGCAGCAGCAGCAGCAGCAGCAGCAGCAGCAGCAGCAGCGGCUCCUCAGACAGCAAGCCCAAACAAGACCUUUCCAACAGGGCCAGCCCCUAGACCAGGCUGCCAUUUUUCCUCCACAAGUGCGACCAUCAUCCCAGCUUCCUCAGUAUUCAGGGUUGCAACAGGCACAGGCUGUGCCCCACGGAUAUACCAUGUACAGUUCUCAGAUGCCUCUCCAGCCGCAGCAGGCCAGCGGCGUGGUCCUGUCCCCCGGCUACAACCCGAGAACGUACCCAGCCGCACAUUCCAAUCCAGCUCUGAUGGAGAGGCUUCGGCAGAUGCAGCAGCAGCCCCCACCAAGCGGGUAUAUUCAGCAGCAGGCUGCCGCUGCCGCCUACCUUCAGCCUCUGCCAGGAUCUCAGAGACUGACCCAUCAACCUUUACAACAAAGUCCUUUGGUUGGCGGGGGACUGGAUGCCGUACUGACCACUACGCCCCACCCAAACCUCAAUUCUGUGCCGUUGCCUCAGGACCAGAUGAGACAGAGACAGCAGCAAAUCAGACAACAGAGGCUCCUUCAGCAGCAGCAGCCCCAGCAGCAGCAGCAGCAGCAACCGCAGUCACAGCCGCAGCAGCAGCAGCAGCAGCAGCAGCAACCGCAGCCUCAGGGUCAGCAGGCACUGGGACUCCAAGCAAUGCAGCCACAGCAACCUUUGUUUCCCAGGCAAGGCUUACAACAAACACAGCAGCAGCAACAGACAGCAGCCUUAGUCCGACAACUUCAGAAACAGCUUUCUAGUAGUCAGCCACAACAAGGAGUAACUCCGUAUGGGCAUCCUUCACACUUCUGAAACGUGGCCGCAGAAAUGACGCCU